AUGGAGUGCCUCGCGGAGCACCCGGAAUUCUUCGCCAGCGAGUUAAGGCCAAACGAUUUAAACGACGUUUUAAAGAAAAUACAAAAAGAAUUCCUUCAAGAGGAACGAAAUCAUAUCAUCUUAAUCACCUCGGGAGGAACCAAAGUUCCACUAGAAAAAACAUCCAUCAGACACAUGGAUAAUUUCUCCACCGGAAAAAGGGGAGCAUAUAUGUGUGAGUAUUUUCUAAAGAAAAAUAAAAAAGUAAUUUUUCUACAUCGAAAGGGUACCUUCAUGCCAUUUGAGUAUCACUUAAAAUGUGUUACUCGGAUGGAGAGUAUCCGUGUGGUGGAUGGACAUGUGAUGCUGAACUUAUCAGAACAGGAUAACAAUGCUGUGGUAAAAGAUGCAAAAUUGUAUGAACAGUUCAGGCAAAAUCUUCUUUGUAUUCCUUUUGAAUCUGUUUUUGACUAUGGAUUUUACUUGACUGCUAUUUGUGAUUUGCUCAAUAAGGACUGCAAGGGAAGGCAGAUCAGGCCUACUACUAUGGAUGUGAAGGCGAUUGGGGUUUUCCCGUUACCACACCUCGUCAUAUUAUGUGCAGCAGUUAGCGAUUUUUACAUUCCCUUUUCACAAUUAAGUGACCACAAAAUAAACAGUGAGUCAAAUGCAAGUCUCUCCCUUCGAAUGCAGCUAGCUCCCAAAUUUUACAAACUUACGAGGAAGUACUUUCCCCUACUUCACUUCUGCAUGUUCAAACUGGAAGACGAUGAGGAGGCACUACUCAGCAAAUCGAACGAAAGAAUCCGUUUCGCAGAUAUAUUAGUAGCCAAUUUGUUGGAUGCGCGGAGAGAUCAUUUCUUCAAACUUACGACCUCGAGUGAGUCGGAACGGAUUGAAGACGCCAUAUGCCGCUACCUUUUUGAGUACUUUGCCAUUCCGGUGGCAGACCACUAG